AUGUGUAGAGCCUUCCCUACUACCCUCAUAGGCCCAACACGAGUUUGGUUCAACAAAAUACCCCAAAAUUUGGUAAGUUCUUUUGAAGAGUUGAGCAAGUUGUUUGUUAAUAAUUUCAUUGGCGGACAGAGGCACAAGCGUUCCUCGUCCAACUUGUUGACCAUAGAGCAGGGGGAGAACGAGAGCUUGCGGUCGUUUAUCACCCGUUUCAACAGAGAAGCCCUGAGUGUGGACGAAGCAGAUGACAAGCUCCUAUUGGCGGCCUUCCAUAAUGGGGUGAAUUCGGAUUUGUUUAUACAUAAACUCUAUGAAAAAGAGCCACAGUCCAUGGCCGAACUUAUCCAUUCGACUCAAAAUUUUAUGAACGCAGAAGACGCGAUCAUUGCUAAGAAGAGGAAGAGAUCUGAGAGAGUAGAGGCAAACCCUAGUCGCCAUCCUGAGCAAGGCUCUCGUUCAAAGAAGGGACAGACGGAAGAAAGGAAAGACCGAGAUAAUAAGAAGCCAGGCUCUUCAACACCGAACCAGUAA